UGGCUGCAGCCAGUUUAGGUAUUUUUUGCAGAAAAGCAUCAGCCGUCCUAAAGACUUCCAGGUCGUUAAUAAGUUCUCAGGCCCCGGCGGGCACAAGGUUUUCUCUUAAUUUGUUGCCUAAGAAUACACCAAAUGUCACACCUUUGCACCACUGUAGAAUACUUCAUACCACGUUGUCAAGGAAAGGACUAGAAGAAUUUUUUGAUGACCCAAAGAACUGGGGGGAAGAAAAAGUAAAGUCUGGAGAUGCAUGGACCUGUCAGCAAUUAAGGAACAAAAGUAAUGAAGGUUUGCAUAAACUUUGGUAUGUCCUGCUGAAAGAAAUAUGCUUCUAACCCUUCAGCAGGAGGCCAAACAGCAGAUAUUACCAAUGCCAAGUCCGGAGCGGUUAGAAAAGGUAGUAGAAUCCAUGGAUGCAUUGGAUAAAGUUGUACAAGAACGAGAAGAUGCCCUAAGACUUCUUCAGACUGGUCAAGAAAAAGCUAGACCUGGUGCUUGGAGAAAAGACAUCUUUGGAAGAAUCAUCUGGCACAAGUUCAAGCAGUGGCCUAUACCUUGGCACCUAAAUAAGAGAUACAACAGGAAACGAUUCUUUGCAAUGCCUUAUGUGGAGCGUUUUGAGAGACUGAGACGUGAGAAACAAGCCUGUAUCCAAGCAAGGAAAAAACAUUUAGAGAAAAAGAAAGCGGAACAACUUAAGGAAAAGUUUCCACAUCUUGCUGAAGCCUGGAAGUCAAGUCUUGUCUAAGAUGUCUGAACUCUUAAUUUGCCAUUUUGUUUUUCUUAGAUAACAAUCCAUGUUAAGUGAUUUAUAAAGAAAAUGUGGUUUUAGUCAAACAGCUGUGUUCAGUGUUAAUAUGGCAUGCUAAUUCUGGAAGUGGUCAUGUUUUUAAAACUCAGGUAUAAAAUUCAGAUUAAGUUUUCAUUGUACAAAUUAUGACAUCUAAGCAGACUUCACUAUCACAUAUCUUUGAGUGGGAAAGUAAUGUCAACAUAUAUAGCAAAGGCAAUUUGGUUACAUUUUAACUACUAUUAUUCACAGGAUAUAAAGGUGUGGAUACUGCUGUUAAUAAACAAUGAGUGCUUUCACUGGAAAUACUGAUAAAUACAGUUAGUACUUAAAGUAGCAAGUCAAUACAACAGUCCAAACAUGUACUUCUGAAAUGGUUAAUAAUUUUUAUUUAAAUUUGCAAGCCUAAGGUAAAGAGAGCAUAGGCAAUAAAUUUUAUUUAUCAAUAAAAAGCAGUUCUACCAAUCCACUGAUAAUAUACUAAGCAGAGUUUGAAAGCCUUUGACUGAAAGCAAAAUAUUUAGAGAAAAUAGACAUUUAUACAAAAUUAUAAAAUGCUUAUAAUAAGAAUAAGUACAUUUCAAGGACAGCACAACCUAAUUUUACUUUAUACAGCCAGUUAAAGUCUUAAAAAUUCUUAAGUGGAAAUUGAA